AUGUCGUUCCUCACACCAGCGCCGGCAAAACGGCCAGCAGGCCUGGGCCUGGGCAGCGGCCCUUCAAAACCUCGCUUUGCUAGACCAAAUCCCGUCCGGGCCCUCCGCGAGCGUGAAGAACGCCGUCAUGCGGCCCAAGCAGCAGCACGCCUUUCGUCAACACAGAGGCCGGGCGUCGUCACGCCGGCCCAUCAGCAGUGCGCCAACAAGGCCUGUCCGAAGCCCAAUGUCGUCGACGGAACUUGCCAGACUUGUGGUCGUGUCGCUGAUGAUAGCAACAUUGUGUCCGAAGUGCAGUUCGGCGAGACGUCGUCCGGUGCUGCCAUGGUGCAGGGAACCUUUGUCGGUGCUGACCAGGCUGGUGUUAGAGGCAUGGGACCUGCUUUUAGGAGAGUGGGUGGCAGCGAAGACAGGGAGAAGAGCAUCCGGGAGGCGCGAGGCCUCAUGCAAGGUUAUGCCCAGCAGCUCAACAUCAGCGAUAGUCUUGUCACUGCAGGCACGCAGGUCUUCAAGCUUGCAUCUAGCGCAAACUUCAUCCAGGGACGCACGUUGGCCAGUGUUGCGGCCGUGUGCCUCUAUGCUGCUUGCCGUGCUGAGCCGCCUUGCAAAGUUAUGCUCAUCGAUCUGGCCGAUUUGGUCCAGCUCAAUGUGUUCAAGCUGGGACGAAUCUUCAAGAAGCUGAACGAAGUGGUGCCGAUUGGAACCGAUGGACUGAUCCCCGUAUACCCCGAAGAUCUCAUCUGGAGAUUUGCCACAAAGAUGGAGUUUCACCAAGACACAGCCAAGGUCGCCGAGGAUGCAGUUCGACUGGUCAAGCGAAUGAGUAGGGAUUGGAUGGUCAUGGGCCGUCGGCCCUCUGGCAUUUGCGGCGCCUGUCUGCUCAUGGCUGCACGCAUGCACAACUUUCGACGAACCAUUCGGGAAGUCGUUUACAUCGUCAAGGUUACAAACCACACUAUCCAGAACCGACUACAAGAGUUCAAUAACACCGAAUCAAGUCGCAUGUCGGUAGAGGACUUUUUGAAACAAGAUUUCCUGGAGAGUUCGCAUGAUCCUCCCUCCUUUUAUCGAAAAUCGGAUGAAUUCAGGAAGAAGGCGGAAGAAAAAUCGCGAAAACGCAAGCGCGGGAUUACGGGCGAAGAUCCUGAACAGCCUAUACCAGAACAUGCGCCACUCAAGCGACAUGUAGAAGGAGGAGCAGAUCUAUCCAAGGCGCCUGAAGUCAACUAUCGCCGAGAUGCUGAUGGAUUCAUCAUCCCGCCUUUGCCAUCACAGAUUCCUCAAGGAACCAUCAAUCUGAACCCUUCAAAGAAUGAAAACGAAGACGAAGUUGAAGGCCUGGAGGGUCUUGCCGAAGAAUUUGGAGAUGCAUUAGAGGAAGAAAUCGGUGACCAAGAAUCUGGCGGCCGGGCCAAAGGCAAGCGGCCCAAGCCUCAGCUUCCGAUCAACGAAGAAUGGGAGCAGGAUGAGCAAGAGCUUGAAGGCGUCAUUGAAGAGAUUUUCAACGACCCUCUUACUUAUGAACACGCCCUUGCAUAUUCCAAUGCCGAACAGCGAGCUCGAAUUCACUCCCUCUGGGCUCGUCAACAGCAACCGCAAAAGGAGGUGUCCAUGGCAGCCGAUGUCACCGAAGAUGAAUUUGCCGAUGACCCCGAGGUCAUCAACUGUCUACUUUCACCAGAAGAAGCACGCAUCAAGGAGAUUAUCUGGGUGAACCAGAACAAGGAUUGGCUCAGGAAGCACCAAGAAAAGGUGUUUCGCCGGAAAAUGGAGGCGGAGCGGCCCAAGCAGACUCGCAAGAGGAGAAAGCGUGCCAGGAUGGGAGAGGGCCAAACCAGCCCUGCCAGCUCUGCUGCCGAAGCCGCCAUCGGCGUGGCCAAAGACCGAGCGUGGUCUAAGAGGAUCAACUACGAUGCCAUCCGCAGCAUUUUCGACAUACCAAAUGCCGGACUUGGAUCUGCGGCAACCAGCCGGAAAACUAGCAUUGCUGGCAGUACCUUUGGUGCCGACGAUGACGCUAGCGAGGCACCCGAUGAGAGUGUCGCUGGGGAUGAUGUCCAGGAGCAUGGGGAGGAGGAAGACUACGAGGAGCCGGAAGAGUUUGGUGAGGGUGAGGAGUUUGGAGGGGGUGGUGAAUACGAGGGAGGGUAUGAUGAGGAUGAUCCCGACAUGGACAAUGAAUAUGGGCUGGAGGAUGAUUAA